AACUAAUUCGAAGUACCUUAAUUAAUAUAACGUUAUAACCAUAGACAUAUAAAUAAUAACUUGUAAUCAUGUUUGGAACUUUGCGUAAUAAAUUUCAAAUGGUACAAGAAGGCAUAUCAGCUAGUAUCAGAGGAUUAACUGUUGCUGAAAAUCCAAAGCCAAAGAAAUCUAGCAAUACCAGAAAUGUUAAUUACAAUGCAGGAGCUGAUAUUUUACACAGAUUUCAAUUACAAUGGAACGAGCUACAUGAGCUUGCAGAAGAAAAUACAGAAAAAGCUCAAGAGGCUGAUAAACUCAUAGGCACUAUUUAUGAAAAGCUUGAACAAGAAUGGAAAAAUGUCACAUGUUUAAAUACUACUUUAGCUUACAUUCCAAAGAUCAACAAUGCAAUACAAGAUCUUAUGGACCAAAUAGGAACAUUGCAGGAAAUGUUUGAGGAAGUAGAAAGUGCUAUAUAUCGCUUAGAAGAUUUAAAUGAAAUGUUAGAAUUACAAAGUAGACAGUUGGAUCACAGAUUUCAAUUAGCCCUAUACAAAGAGAAAAAACUUGCAGAAUUGAAUAUUAUUAAAGCAAAGUUGGCCAAUGAACACAUUGAUAGGGUAUCAAAAUAUGAACUUAAACAACAAAAAAUUAUGAAAGAAAGACAGGAAACAUUUGAGGAAGUUUUUAAAGAAGAAAUCAAAGAAUAUAAAGAAACAGGAUCCAUAUCAAAAUUAGCAGUGUCACAGGAAGGGCCUUCAUUGGAUGAGAUAGUUUUGGAUGUAGACUCAACAAUAUUUGACAAAUUUUUAGAUUAA